CGUUUUACACGGCGUUAAUAUUUACUCACUGGCUCAGGACGGAAAGACAUAAAGACUGUUCCCUUGUAGUCCAAGUGGAAAGCAAGGACUCAUUUGAAAGAGAAGUUUACUGUAUAUAGAUACUGAGAAUAUAUUCUUCUUUUUUUUCUAACUUCUGGCUUCAACAGGGGUCUCCUGCCAUGGAUCCGUUCCUGCUGACUGUCAUCUUGGGUUCAGGGUCAUGUGCAGUCUUCUGUUUAGUGGUACUGCUGCUGGUGGUGGUGCUCUACAGAAAGGAUCUACUUUGCUGCAGACUCAGGCCCUGCAGGACACUGGAAUAUGCUAAUGACCUGCCCCAGUACAGCAGCAGACAUUCUCUCUUCGGCAUCGCCCACUGUGGGCACAAUGGCGCCUUGAAUCAGCGAGCGAUGGGAUCACAGCUUCCUGGAACGCUGUUUAUCAUCGGAAAGCCAAACGACUACCACCUGACGGGCCCGCAGCCACGACUGCCGUCUUACGAAAGCGUGCUGAAGAAGGACCGCCAAAGACAGAUCCACAGCAUGAUUGCUCUGCGCUUUGGCCUGGGUGGCAGCCACGAUGAGCCGCCACCGACGUACGAGGAAAUAUUUUAUUCUAAUCCACAAGCCUCUCCGUCCAACGACCAAUCGUUGGACGUUCACCCGUCCAUAGACGCCUCACGUGAAGAAACACGUGGCUCAGCGGCGCAGAGUUACGCCUCUGUCUCCCUGAUGGGCACAGAAGACCCCGGCUGCCAAGACGUGUCCACUGCUCCUGCUAACCGAGCGGCCAUUUGAGUCAGAGCUGAUGAAUCUGUCGACAAUGACUCUGACUCAAGCCGGGCGCUACUCUGGCCCCAGCCGAGCAUGACUGUGCUGCCUUUUUUCGCUUUUUCAAGGGGUGCUCCGAAAACGAGCCUGACAAGACGUACGACGAUUAGCCAAAGGGCACAAACCGUUGCUGAAGGUGCCAGAUUUUUCUAAAGUACAAAAAAAGUGAAAUAAUUAGAAGAAUUUCAGUGCCACAGAUUCACAAAGAUUUGUCACAAUUCAACUAAAAAGGAAGAAUUUUUGUCAGAUGGACCAAAAGAGAAAAACAUUAUAUAUAU